AUGACAACGGCAGUUGAAAUGCUGCAAAAUAAUGGCUUGGCCAGCCCUGAAAGGCACAAUUCGACAGUAGGCAAUGGACUGAAAUCAAGUGAGAAGCUCGGCAAUAAUAUCCAUACUGGAACAAAUAAGGAUAUGGACAAUGACAGUCAGCAUUAUGGAAAUAGUUCAGUCUCUAAAGCCCCAGAACUUCCACAUGUGGAAGUGAAUCAGUUGCCAAUAGCACUGCUGAUCAGGAAUCUCACAGUGUUUUCUGUGAAGGAAUUGGUCCAGUUUUUAAAGACUAGCGUUCAUGAGGGCCAAGAUACGAGCGUCAAGAAAACUUCAUUUCUACAACUGGUGAUUUUUUUGAGGAAUCAGUUUCUUAAAAUCUACGUUCUUGUAAAAUGGUGUCGAACAAUCAAAAACAACAAUUUUAACACCAUGAUUGAUCUGCUGAACUGGUUUCGAGGCUCCAACAUGGCUGUCAACAAUUGCAUAUGGGCUUUGAAGGCUAGUUUGGCAGGGAUGCUAAAUGCAAAGCUUCCGAAUCCCGACCUCGUCACCGCAUUGGAAGUCUUAAGUCUAGGCCGGCCCAAUCUCCCGACACACAGUUUCUCGCUAAGCGGGGAGGAAGAAUCAGAGAAAGGACCCAAAGGCUUCUCGGUUCCUUCUAAACUGAUUUUGAAAAAGCUUCGCGAUAUGAACAUUAUCAUGUCCGUCAAAGUAUCGCUUAUGGAACUUCCCGAUCAGUUCAAACAGUACACGGUUCGCGACGGACGGCUUGUGAUUCAUGUAGAAAAUGAAUUUGAGGUGCAAUUAUCCACGACUGAUCAGCGCUCGCCGUUGUUUUUUGUUGACCUGAAACUGCUUUUUAAUGAACUGCUCCCACUUAACAAAUAUAAGUUAGAAAAGGUUAUCAACGAGGUUUUGUUCAAAAGUCCCCGUCCCUUGUUCGCCCUUUACCGACUCUUGCAUAACUAUGUUCUGUCCGUCCAGAUGUACAUUUUACAUGCUGAGUUAUUGGACCUGGAGUCUAAUAGCAAAUAUUCAGGUGGGAAUCUCAAACAUCACUAUGAUUCCAGAAAGAAUGGUAUCACCUUAAAAUACUGGUUGCACAGUAGGCUUAAGGGAAAAUGCAACGCAAUUAUCGGCGUUGACAAAGAAAGUGGAAACAUUACUCUCAAGUGGAACAUUGAAGAUCUCCCCGAGGGUAAUCCCUUGGUACCAGUACGGUAUUCUAAUGUACUGAAUAAUUUGGGCAAUAUUCUAGAUGAAAUUAUGUUCAAUCAUUCUCAGAUAAUCAAAUCCCAAUUGCUAUCCACUGAAGUUUUACAUGAGGAAGAGGACAUAUCGGACGCUUUGCUAUUCCAUGUACCAUCUACUCCAGCAUCUGUCAUUCCAAUACAAAUUAAAAUUAAUCCAAUUAGUGGCAUCUUUUAUGCAAAAAAUCCCAGUGGACUGCUCACUUAUUACAUCAAUCAAAUUAAUAAAACAACCACCACUGAUGAUUUCGUCAAGGUCUUGAACAGGCUCAAACUCGACAAGACCAUAUCGAUAUUGAAGAACAUGUUCGAAAAAGUCGGCUGGGUUUGUAACAAUGUCAUCAAGCUAAACGCACCUAUCUCAAUAGAGUCGACGGGGACGCAAAAGAUGUUGUCGCGUGAUUUAUACAUUCGACUCCAAAACUGGCCUGCCAAUUGGUAUCUGAUAUUAAGCGUUAUUUCUUCCAAUGCGUCAUGCGCCCUCGAAAAAAGGAUAGGAAAAAUAACAGCUUCAAAUGGCAACUGGGAGCUCAAAUAUUUAGAUACCAAAAAUGUUGCGACCUUGAAGUUGGAGUCAAUGACAUAUCAAAAGGUUAUACAUUUGAAGAAAACUAGCCUACACUCCAUUAUUGAUCAUAUGAUAAUUGACUCGCUAAAUGGGCUGCACAUGCGGAAUAAAAUCUGUGCAGGUGACAGUUUGGACGCUGUUCCUGAGUACAUAUUCCAAGAUAAUAGCUCCAACCAAACGUCGGUCUUAAGCAUAGAGCUAGAAUCAUUCUUAGGUGGCCCAAAUGCAUUGAACAACCUUUUGGAGAAAACAAUGUUUUUACGGAUCGAUUACCAAGAAAACAAAAUAAAGCUUUUCGGAAAAUUCAAGCACAACAGCAAAAUGAUAUGCAAUCAAUACAACGAGGCUCUUAUGCAGUUCAUUGACAAAGAUUCUCUCUCCUUUUUCAUGACCGAGACGUUUAUCGAUUUAAACAAUAUUGUUCAGCACUUCAACCCUUUCAAGCAAAAGCUUAUGCAGAUUGUGACACUUACAGAUGUCAUUGAAAGGCUACACAAUUUCUACUCAGAAAACUUCAGCAUUGUGGCCCUCAAACCCAACGAAAUCUCUUUCAAAUAUCUCAAGCAUAGCAAUGACGAGUAUGACUGCUUGAUCCACAUUCAAACUACUGACCACAGUGUUGAGAAUUUAGACGUGAAGCUUUCGCCUUCCAAUCCUCAAUACAUCAUCCAGCCAUUCAUAGAGUCCAGUAAGCAGGAUUACAAGUUUGUGUUCAAUUACUUGCAAUUUACCUCAGGGUUCUUUGGGGUUGUCGAAUCCAUCCUGAGUACUGCUGGCCGCAACUCCUCUCAAGCCUCUAACGGCUACUCCACCCUUGCGCUCCAGCUGCACAACCUCUCAGAAUACGAGUUAAUAUACUACAAUGCUGAGGUCAAUUCUAAGAUCACUUUGAUGAUAGAGCUUCGAAACGUCUUCCUGAACGGCUCCCAGCGACUGCGGUACUAUGUGCACUUUGCCGACGACGAGCACAUCUCUAGCAAGAGCCCUGCAUAUCCACUUGUGCACCGCGUACGAAACACCGUUUUCAUGGUAGAUAACUCUUCCUUGGUUAACAGCGAUACGAUUUCCAGUCUGGGCUCUCCUAAGAAGCCGAAGAUCGCUUCUGCCAUCAGGCUAACUGACGGAAUUUGUUGUGAUGCUACAGAUAUCGAGCUCGUGAUCAAAGAAAUCAACAGCAUUCUCAGGGUCAACUCCAUCUAA